AUGACCACUAUCACAUACUCUGGUAUUUCUGAUAGACUUGACUUUCUCAAUCAUGCACUCUUGAUUCGUCUUCGUAGAAAAGACUUGCCUGUAGAAGCACUUCCUUCAUUAUUACAUUUGAUUUUUUUAACUAUAUCUCGUUAUCAAGAUCGUGCUUCUCGUGUUGCCAUUAUUGAAGUGAUCAAGGAACUCAACAAUUGGAAUGCUGAAGUCUUUCAAAAAAUGUUUGUGCCUGUUGUGGCCAGAGAAGCUGAAAAAUAUAGCAAGCAUAAACCUACAGGUGAAAGCGUAUUCCCUGCCGCAGAUCGAUUUGUGUUACUGACUUGGGUCAAUGUGCUCUUCACAUGUGUAUUAAAACAGGUUACUACAGAAGGAGCAAAGACCAGUCCCUUAUUCUCGACUAUUCUUAAUGCUCAAGCUGCCUUGAUUGAUUCACUUGUUCAUGACGCCAAAAAGACCAUUAGUAGAAGUGCUGUUGCUGAUGUUAGACGCACCAUUCGAAACAACGCUGAAGCAAUUCCUGUUAUUCUUGAAGUCGCCUUAAGCAAUGCACAGACAUGUACACCAUCUUUUAAAAAUGCAGUGUUGAUUGGAACUGUGGUUGAUGUCAGCCUUCGUUUGAAGACCCGCAAUGAUGGAAAGACAAUGAUUGAGAAUGCAGCAUCUCGCUUGACCGAAUAUUAUCUUAAGAAUGUUGUUUCUUCAAGAGUGGCUGUUCAUAAAGCAGCAUUGGAUGCAUUCAAUGACUUUAUCGCAACUUUUAUUAGCAGGGAUAAAUUCGAAAGCGAGUUUUUACCUGUCCUUGACAAGAUGAUGCUUCGAUCUCCCGAAGUUGUUUUAUUAGCACUUGCGCGUAUCACACCUGCGUUUUCAUUUGAUCCCUCCUCUAUUUUUACCAACAAAUGGCUUGAUCCUCUUCUUAACCACUUGCGUUCAACUUCACCUACAACCGUCAAUGGUGCUAAAUCAUUUUGGGAAGCUUUGUCACUUGCUUGUCACGAAACUGAUUCUUUAGUCAAAGUGGCAGAGGGUGUGUCUAAAUUACUAGCAAGCGGCAAGGUAAACUCCUGGGAGCAUCGUGUUAUUAUGUACAAUGCACUUUCAUCCCUUGCUCAGGUGACUGAUCCCACUGUCAGUCAAAAGGCUUUAGAAGGCUAUUUUGCUAUGACUUCUAAAGAAGCUCAUGAACAGGCUAUGGCUACUGCUGUUGAUGGUAUUGGAAGACACUUAACAGUAUUGAUUUACAACGAUGAGUUCUGUGCUGCCCACAAAGAUUUUGUGGAAAAGGUGUUUAAGACAUCAACAGAUGGUUUGGAUGCUGCCAAGCCAUUGGCAAGAAAGAGCUGGGCUAAUGCUGUAGGUGCUACUGUUUGGGAUCACAAGAAUGCUACAAGUGCUACUUUGAGUGCCAACAUUGUCAAAUAUUUACAAGCCUUGUUCAAGACAUUUAACAAGAUUGUAGACAAGCCCUUGUUGUGGAAGGAUGGACCUUUGGAAGCCUAUGUCAUGGUUUCUAUUAUUUCAGGACGUAUCCAACACUGGCCCACUGUACCUCAGCCUGUUGUCGAUCUCUUAAAAACUCAAAAAUACCCAUCUCAAUUAUUAGUCUCUUCACCAAAGCCCAGUUAUUUGUUGUGGGAUCGUAUUUACACGAAGGCUUUAUCUGCUGAUGAAGGCACUUGGCUUAUCAGAGCUCUUGCUCAUGUCUUUAUCAACGAAAGCCAAGAAUCGCUUGAAAAGACAGGUGCGGGUCACUUGGCUGCUAUGGCUCUUAUCUGGAUUGCUACAAGCCAUCCUGAACACACUGUGCGUAGAAUUGCCUUUAAUGAGAUUGCUGAUAUUACUGCCAAGGAAGCUGUCAAGUUGAACUAUUUCAUGAAACCAGCCGUCAGACAAUGGCUUUUAGAUAUCGAACACAAUGUCAAAGACUCUACAGCUGUUGCUGCUACUAACGCUGAUAGCUACAACAAAGAAAUUGCCAUUACUCGUCUUGCUUCUGUCUUGAAUGCAAUGACUUCAUUCUCUGCUGAUGUACCUGAAUCCACAAAGGGUAUUGAACUGAUUGAUUUGAUGGUCUUGUCUCACCAUAAGUACAUCGCUUCUCCUACCAACAAAUAUAACUGGAUCACCUUGGUUCAACGUGCUCAUGUUGACCCUGGAAAACUAGUCCAGGAAAAGGAACACAAGAUUUUAGAGAUUUUGAAAGCAACACUUGAAGCUCGCAAAGAGUCUGAAUUAUUCUAUCAAGCUGCUAUUUCUGCUAUUUCCACUUUGGUCUUUGUUUCUCCUGACUCGAUUGCCGAAUUUGUUAAUUUCGCUGACAAUAACUUGAAGCCUGAGUUGAUUAAGGACAUUGGCGAAUUGGAAACAAAUAUCUGGAAGGCUCCUGCUGAUAUUCCAUUUGUUGAUGUUCUCAACAAAAACAAAAAGACUGAGAGCCGAAACAACAGAAAAGGAAAGAACGAUGAUGAAUGGGAAGAAGAGCUUCGUGCUGAACUUGCCAAGAAGAAGGGUGUAGCACAAAAGCUUUCCAAGGAAGAGCAAGCUGCUGUCAAUGCUCAACUAAAGAAAGAAGCUGAUAUUCGUUCUCAUGUCCAAACUGUUUACGAAAAGGUUACUCUUGGCUUGGAUGUCAUCCGUGCUGUUGUUGCUGGGAACUGUGAAGCCGUUGAAGAAUACCUCGUUGACCUCGUUCGCAUUUUGUUGGAUGCCGGCAAGCAUCAUGCUGGUCUCCUCGUUGGCGACCUUUUGGUCGAUACUUAUCGUCAAUUGGGUGACUGCAUUACUGAAGAUGUACAGCCUAUUCGUGACGCCAUUGCUUUGGCUACACUUCGUGCCAACAAGAUUCAUCCUAUCCCAGCGCGUUGGUUGGAUGAGUCUUUAAGUGCUCUUGUUCCUCGUGUUCUUUUCCGUUUACGUUUCAUUACUGAAUCUCGACCUUUACCUCCUGCUUCUUUUGGCUUUAUUUUCCCUGUUCUUUAUCAAGUCAUUGCUCAAGGCGGCAUUGAUUGUAACAAGAAUGAUGAGGCCGGUCUUGAACAAGUGACGAUGGCUGUUGACGUGAUUAACUUCCACUGUAUUCAUGGUCAAUCUUUAAUCCUUCCUCGUCAAGAAAUGAUUGAUAUCUUGUUGCGUAGUAUUAAAGACUAUCCUUCAUGCAGCAAGACAGCUAAAAAUUCACUUGUCACUUUGUGUGAGACAAUGGGUGAUUCUAUAGAAUCUAGUGAGAUUAACACACUCCUUCAAGGUUUGUUGUCUUCUGAAGUACUUGUUCGUACUGCUGCUCUUCAAGCAUUGCAACUAUUGGAUUUGACUGAUAUUGAUUACUCUCCUGAAUUGUGGGUUGCCUGUCACGAUGAAAAUGAAUCCAAUGCCGAAUUGGCCAAGGCUCAAUGGGAAGACAAUGCUAUGGAAGUCGACGAGAACUUUAGAGAACAAUUAUUGACAUACAUUGUGUCUGACAGCAGCUAUGUCCGUCAAGCUGCUAGUCAUGCUCUUGCUGAAGCUGUUGAGGAAUACCCUGAAUCUGCUUAUGAUACACUUCAAGCUAUUUAUGCCUUGUACAAGAAGUUAUCCGCUUCUCUUGAUCCUGAAUACGAUGAAUACGGUAUGGUGAUUCCUGAAACCCUUGACCGUGCUGAUCCUUGGGAAGCCCGUGUUGGCCUUGCUCUUACCCUCAAGGCACUUGCUCCUUUGAUGCAACUUGAAAAUGCCACUAGUUUCUGUAAAUUCUUGAUCAAUGAAAAAGCACUUGGUGAUCGUAACGAACAAGUCCGUAGACGUAUGCUUGAAGCUGGUAUGGCUGCCAUCAAUGCUUAUGGUAAGGUGGAUGUUGAAGAGUUCUUGGUUUCUUUUGAAACCUAUUUGAACUCCACUACCGAUAACAGUGAUGUCCAAGACCAUAUCCGUCAAGCCGCUGUUAUUCUCUAUGGUGGCGCUGCAGGUUACUUGAAUCUUGGUGAUGAAAAGGUCAGCACAGCUGUUGAAAAGCUGAUUGAGACAUUAGAUACUCCUUCUGAGACUGUUCAAAGCGCUGUUGCUGACUGUUUGCCUCCUCUUAUCAAGAUGUGUAAGGAUGAAGUGCCUCGUUUGAUUAAAUCUCUUUUGAACAAGUUGUUUAAGGGCGAAAAGUAUGCUCAACGUCGUGGUGCUGCUUAUGGUCUUGCUGGUGUUGUCAAGGGCCGUGGUAUCACUGCCUUAAAGGAAUGUAAUGUCAUGAAUGCUUUGAAGGAUGCUGUUGAUAACAAGCGCAUGUACGAAUACAGACAAGGUGCUCUUUUUGCUUUUGAAACUUUGUCUGCUACUCUUGGUCGUUUGUUUGAACCUUAUAUCAUUCAGAUCAUUCCUCUCCUGCUUGUUUGCUCCAGUGAUGCCAACAUAGAUGUUCGUGAAGCUUCUUCUGAUGCCGCUCGUGUCAUUAUGAGUAAGAUCAGUGGUCACUGUGUGAAGCUUAUCUUGCCUUCUAUCCUUGAAGGUUUAGAAGAGCGUCAAUGGCGUACCAAGAAGGCCUCUGUUGAACUCUUGGGUUCUAUGGCUUAUUGUGCUCCUAAGCAAUUGUCUGUUUCUCUUCCUAAUAUCAUUCCUCGCAUUUCUGAAGUCUUGGCUGAUACUCACUCCCAAGUUCAAGCUGCAGCCAACCGUUCUCUUCAAUUGUUUGGUGAAGUUAUUAGUAAUCCUGAAAUUCAAGAACUUGUUCCUGUCUUGUUGAAGGCUCUCAGUGACCCCAACACCAAGACAGCACCUGCUCUUACUGCUCUUUUGCAAACUUCAUUUGUUCACUAUAUUGAUCCACCCUCUCUUGCUCUUGUGAUGCCUAUUUUGGAACGUGGUCUUCGUGAACGUGCUACUGAUAUUAAAACUAAGUCUGCUCAAAUUGUAGGUAAUAUGGCCUCUUUGACUGAUCAAAAGGACCUUGUUCCUUAUCUCAGUAUCAUCUUGCCUGGUCUUCACAGCGUCUUGGUCGAUCCUGUCCCUGCUGCUCGUGGUACUGCUGCCAAGGCUUUAGGUGCUCUUGUUGAGAAAUUAGGCGAAGAGAACUUCCCUGGUCUUGUUCUUGACUUGCUCGAUACCCUCAAGACGGAUUCUGGUGGUGUUGACAGACAAGGUGCUGCCCAAGGUCUCUCCGAAGUUCUUGCCGGUCUUGGUCUUGAGCGUCUUGAUGGCUUGUUGCCUGAAAUCAUUUCGAAUGCUGACUCACCUCGUGCCUAUGUUCGUGAAGGUUUUAUUUCGCUUUUGAUUUACUUGCCUGCCACAUUUGGUGCUCGCUUCCAACCUUACCUUGGCCGUAUUAUUCCUCCUAUUCUCAUGGGUCUUGCUGAUGAAUCCGAAUAUGUUCGUGAAGCAUCUCUUCGUGCUGGUCGUAUGAUUGUCACCAAUUAUGCCACUAAGGCUGUUGAUUUGUUAUUGCCAGAAUUGGAGAAGGGUCUAUUUGAUAGCAAGUGGCGUAUUCGUCAAAGUUCAGUUCAACUUGUGGGUGAACUCUUGUUCCGUAUCACUGGUAUUACUAACAAGAGUAACGAUAUGGCUCUUGGUAAUGUCGAAGAGUUGGGUGACGAUGAUGCUGAUGCUGGCUAUGACGACUAUGGUUCUGAAACCAAGAAGAAGCAACUUGUUGAAGUGCUUGGUAAGGAAAGAAGAGAUCGUAUCUUGGCUGCCUUGUACAUUGUUAGACAAGAUGCUUCGGGUGUUGUCAGACAAGCUUCUCUUCAAGUUUGGAAGGUCCUUGUUUCCAACACACCUCGUACUCUCAAGGAUAUCUUGACUGUCAUGACUUCCAUGAUUAUCAACAUUUUGUCUAGCGAUAACUUUGAACAACGCGCUGUUGCUGGCCGUACCUUGAGCGAACUCGUUCAGAAAUUGGGUGAAGGUGUCUUGCCUGAAAUCCUUCCUGUAUUGGAACAAGAUAUGCAAUCUGAUGAUGAAAGCGUUCGUUUGGGUGUCACUCUUGCUUACAGUGAAAUCAUGACUGCUGCUGAUAAGGUUCAAGUGAUGGACUUUGCUGAUCAAAUCACACCUGUCAUCAAGGGUGCUUUAUGUGAUCCUUCUGAAGAAGUACGUGAAGCAGCUGCACAAGCCUUUGACACUCUUCAUCAAAAUGUGGGCGCUAGAGCCAUUGAUGAAAUCCUUCCUUCUUUACUUAACAAGCUUCAAUCAUCUGAUGAAUCAUCAACUUAUGCUUUAUCUGCUUUGAAGGAAAUCAUGUCUGUUCGUUCCAAUGUUGUCUUCCCCGUGCUCAUCCCUACUCUUAUCACAGUGCCUAUCAGUGCUUUCAAUGCACGUGCUUUGGCCUCUCUUGUCACAGUUGCUGGUCCUGCACUUAACAAGCGUUUGAUUGCCAUUCUUGAAGCACUGGUUGAAACUCUUAUGGUUGAAAAGGAUGAAGAGACUAUUGAAGCCCUCAAGGCUACUACAGAAGCUUUCUUGUUAUCUGUUGACGACGAAGAUGGUCUUCACACCUUGACUGUUGCACUUAUGGAAUAUGCCAGAGAUGAUAACCCUCUUAAGCGUGCUGCUGCCUGUGACAUCACUGCUCAAUUCUUUAAUGAAUCUGAACUGGAUGCAUCCUAUUAUGUUCCUGAUUGGAUUCACUUGUUGAUGUUGCUCCUUGAUGAUCCAUAUGAACAAGUGAUUCAAUCUGCUUGGAAUGCAUUGACUGCCAUUGUCAAGUCUUUGCCCAAGGAACAAUACGAAGAGCUGGUGUCCCCUACUCGUCAUGCUAUCACCACAGUUGGUAUGGCUGGUGUUGAUAUUCCUGGCUUAUGCUUGCCAAAGGGUAUUGGCUGUGUCUUGCCCAUCUUCUUGCAAGGUUUAAUGUAUGGUUCUACCGAAGUACGUGAACAAUCAGCACUUGGUGUAGGUGACUUGAUUGACCGUACAUCUGCUGCUGCCUUGAAGCCAUUUGUUACUCAGAUCACAGGUCCUCUCAUUCGUAUCUUGGGUGACCGUUACCCUGCGGAAGUAAAGGCAGCCAUUUUACAAACACUUGGCUUGAUGUUGAACAAGGUCCCUAUGCAUCUCAAGCUCUUCUUGCCACAACUUCAACGUACUUUUGUCAAAUCUUACUCUGACUCUACAAGCGAUGUUGUUCGUGAGCGUGCUGCUUCUGCCUUGAAAGCACUUAGUGCUUUACAGCCUCGUGUGGAUCCCACUGUAGCUGAAAUCCUUAAAAACGAAUCACUUUAG